AGUGCUUCGCAGCUGGAAGUUGACAACAGCGCUGCGAGCUGUCACAAAUCUACUAUAGGGAAAAUUCCUAGGCAGUACCGGCAAUCGAAACCGGGUACUCUACAUUGCACUCAGCCACACUAAGCAAUCAUCUACAGAGACGGGCGAUAAUAGUAAUGUGAAAGCAUUAAUCGCUAAAUUGCUUACGUUUAUGCUUCGAAUUCGGUAUUUGCAGAACACUUUGUCGCACUAGGUAGCCAUUACGCAAUACUGCCGCAGCAUAAAUUAUUAAAACAGAUCUGUCUAUAGUACUGAUGUAGUGACAUUAAAAAUGUGCAUAGCGCUUACAGAUAAACCUUACAAUGCACCGCAGUCAUUUGGCUUUCAGAAUCAACGUUACUUUGCCGUGAAAAUUCCUGAUUUGCUCAUCUGAAUGGUCGCGCCAUAGAUAUUGCUACGAUUAUUAUUGUUAUUCGUUCUUUAUUGGUUUUCGGCCUUGUGGCCAUGUACACAUUUACGUAAAACACACACAGAAAAUGUCAAUAUUAACUUAUGUGCAAGUCAUAUAAUAACAAUGAUUGUGUCAAGUUUUACAAUCCAUGCUCUGUUAUUACCGAUACUUGACAAGUAUCUCCGUCUUCGUUGGCAAAGCUCUUUGCAACCGACGCGUGUUUCACACAGCGCCAUACUGUUGUCAACUGUAGUGCUGACUCGGCCGACAAAUUGCUUCAUUUAACUGUAUGUCGAGCAUCACGCACAUUCCACAUCGUUUCUGGUGAAUAAAAUUAGCUAAGCUCUUAGCAGGCAAUCCAAAAAUGCCCAACUUCAUUCUCACAGGGGGAUCUCGUGAUGGGUCUACGGAAGCUGACCAUACUCGUCAGUCAGGGCAGCAUCAGUGGGCUGAUGCCACUGAGUCGGCAGAGCAGUCGGAAAGUGGUAAGGACCUUUCACUAACGCUCUUAGAGCGCGAGUACAGCUACAAGGGCCUCAAAUCGUGGUGGCAGAACAUGGAGCAAAAUAUAAACCAGUGUGCCUGUGACCUCGGACAAAUGCAGUACUGUCACAAUGGCGUUGCGAACUGUGGGUCGACUCCAAACGAAGGCAUCUUAGAACCACAGGAGCACCGGUUACAGGGGCUGAUGGGUCAGUCGCGAGAUUCUGAAGUGAGCGUGCAGAUCGCAGAGCCUGAGCUAGAGGAUCCUGCCCCCAGUGGCCGGAAGUCGAUGCAGGCCACGCCAGAGGCUCUGUUUCUGGCAGAGAAGCUGCAGCAGCUGGCGGACACCACGAGGAAAAUGGCGCAGCACCUCCUCAGCCCAGAAGCAUCACGCUCCAGACGUGUCGUCACGGCAGACUCAGAAGCGCUGGGUGCUACCUCAGACACGGAGUGUCGUGCAGAAAGCAGCGACGUUGAACUCAUGCGGCAGAAGAUACUGCUGCUGGACGAGGUGGUGGAAGAGCUUUCGCAGUACAGACUGUCGCCUCUCGCUCUCGACAUGACGGAAAGGUUUAUGGGAGAGUCUCCUCAAUCACCAUGCCUGAGGAAUGAACGUGCCAUUACAUGUAACAAUGCUGUUGUUGAAAGCAGUAACAGUGAAGGCGAAGGCUUGCAACAGGAGCUCGACUUAAGUAACUUGGCCAGUUGUCUCGCAGAAGAUACGCAAAACACAGUGGCCUAUGUCCCUGAAAGCCUUAGUACUCAGUCUAGUUAUGCUACUGUCGCAGAAGAAGAAUUAUCGAGUGCUGGAGUUAAAACUAAAGAGCAUUCAGGUAAUGCAGAGGUCCUUCUAUCAACAAUAGUAGACCACCCUCCACCGCAACACUUUCCAGCUGGUGGGACAACAGAUAGAACAAGAACGAGCCCCGUUCUGCUGCCACAUCAGAAGCCUUUAACUGACUCUCCUGGACUCCAUUCGGACGCUUGUGGCUCAAACAUGUUGUCACAGGAAUGUCGCUUCAGCACAUGUCACGGGAAAGAGGCAGCUGAUGCAACUCAGCAAAUCCGAUCAGAAGCCUCGAAACAGGAUCGCCUAGACAGGGUGACUGCAACAGCGCAGCGCCUCCUCAGAUAUCCUAUACUGGUGCAUGCUCUGAACGCAGAAGAAAUGGACACAGUUGGAGGUAAUGGAGUGGAAUGUCAGCCAAUAUCUUUCCAGAUAGUACAAAGCGACAUGGUGACCUCUGUUGCACCAUCCCAGCAAGAACCUCAGACGAAUUUCUCUGGUUCCCAUUUGGGCUCUAGCACCUCCGACCUCCUGUCAAAAGAACAACGUUUCAGCACCUGCCAAGGAAGUGAGCGAUCUUGUAAAGCGUGUGACACUGCCUAUCAAGGCCAAGAGGAGUCGUCGCAACCAAGUGGUAUAGAUGGAAUGAUUGCAUUGGUGCAGCGCCUUCUCAGGCUUAAGAUCAUGGGACUUGCUCAAACCCCUGGAAAAACGAACUUAGUUGCAGUGAAAAAUCAUUCGAUGCCUUGGCAGUUCGUACAGAGCGGCGUAGCGACUGCUAUUUCACCAUCCCAGUGAAACGUAUCACCAUUGGUACAGACAUACGCUAUAGUGUCAAUGGACCAGAGAUAUCCCAUCAUAUAUAUGGAUGUGAAUGUUCAAUUCUGAAGAGAACCGCCAGUUAGCGAUCUAGUCACUACUGUGAAGGAUAUUUACAUGGGCUAAUUAAAAAUCUUCUGUAGUACAUUUUGUGGAGGGUCUGAACUGGUGUGACGUUAAAGACUGUAAUUUUUUUCUGCAGUCGGUUUAACAGACUUUGUGAGCAUCUCGAAGUACACUGAUUUUUUUCGAAAAAACUUCAAUGACAGCUUGAUCACCGAAUCGUCGUUAACUAGCAAAACCUUUCAAUCUGUCGUUAUGCGUUCGUUGGCUAUGCAUACAUCGAGGGGCUGAGCCUCACACACUCAGCAUCGGAAGAUUACGACACUGACGCUUGAAGGGGAAUUAAAUUGUCGGCAGGAUGCGCCUGGAGGAAUGUAACAGUAUUAAACACAGUGUGCCUAUAAUUCAGUAAAUAAAUCGUUUUUCAUACGUUUGUACGAACUAGGAGUUCAUCAGCGGAUAGAUUUUCCUUGCUGUCAACAGUUCAGCACUCAAGUGGAAGGUGCAAUUUCUUGGAAAGAAAAAUGAAAAUCUGCUCACUUGCGGUCUUCGAUGAAAUCAUAAACUCCUUGAGACUCAAUUGAUAAAAUAUUGUUUGUGAACUGGUACAAAUAUUUACUGAGUGUUCAACACCAUACUGCAGUUGAUUGCCCUCAGAACCGAUUUCAGGCAUUUUUAAGUCCUCAGGCACUGGUAGAAUUUUUCACUAGACCUGGCUUAACAAAAUUUUUUUAAAAACUGUUCGAAGUUAUACAUAGGUCGCGCACCUGACCAGGUCCCUCCGGUUGUCAUCUAGUGCUCACAUCGGAGUGCCCUGACAAAUAUGACCACAUCUCUUUUAUAGUCAUCAAUCUGUCUUUCAGAAACGCAUAAAAAUGUUGUCUUACUCUCGACAAGAAUAUUAAAAGCUGUUAUGUGGUGUCCAUGAGACACUUAGUUUAUUUGCACAUUAUGUGAUUACUCAAUCUUAGCAUUGCCUGUUAUCAACUACAUAAAACUAAGAAAUUGCUUAUCUAAAGAUAGUUACGCUGAUUUAUCAUAUAUUGGCAUUAUAUUUUUCAAAUUUCAUUCAAUUAAAUUAUUUUUAAUCAUAGUAAUCAGUAUCCUGGCUUAUUAUUCAAACUGUAUUUUGUUUGUAAAAAAUUCUGUUUUUUGACACCGCUGGUAAAGUGCUGUUACUGCCCAGUUUAUUGUUUCUAUCACCAAAGGUUCCGGAAGACAUUAAUUUUCAAAGGCUGAAGGUAGGUCCGCCUUGAUAAUAGCCCUUACUUGUAUACAUAUACUAGUCCACUUAUAGUGGGUCUUUAAAUAUACUUCUUCGCUUCGUUCUUUUUUUCAUAACUUUAUUUCAACUUUAUUCUUGCAGUUUCUGUGAUUUUGUGACAUGCGCAGCUUUCAAACUGCUGCUUAGAUCAGGUAAACAGCGUUCAGAAAACAUCAGUUGCCCUUCUGACAGUUUUUGGGUGGAUUCCCUUGUGGAGUAUUCCAUAGCUGUUAAGUUCGUAAGUGAGCAGCUGUAACCUCUCACAUCCAAACAGCUUAAGUAUUCCUGAGAAUUUCUUCUCACUGCUUGCAGUUUCUUGUCAUUCUCAGCAGCUUAGAAAUGUUUUUGUAAGAGUUCAAAACUGGUUUUCCACAUCAUUUGAAAAGAUGUAUAAGGUAUUGAUAGUUAAGUAAAUGAGUCUCUUAAAAAGUAUCUGCAAACUAAGCAUGAAGCCCUCAAACCACCCGAAAAUUUAGUGCGUCGUUUACUGGAUGAAAUUCUUGUGAACCAAUAAGAUGUAAAAAUAAUAGAUCGGUGGGGAAAGCUGGUAGUUCGAUGGCUAUGGAGGUACUUUUUAUUGCCCAAACAUUAAUAAUCAAAUGAAUUUUAUGUAUUAACAAAGAUGUAUUAGCCCACACAGGUGAAGGCUAUCGUCACAUCGCAGACAGACAUCUCUGGACGCUGUUGCAGAGCUGGCUGACCGCAUCCAAGAAGCCAUCGCACCGAAGCAACAGGUUUGUGCUGUGACAACGUGUGGUAGUGGUGCGUCCAUUUCUCUUCCCGUCUCAUGCGCAGAUUACGAUGCUCCGAUCGCAGAAGUUGAUACACUGAGCGCACAGACUGCCCCAUUGAUGUCGCAAGGAGGCCCUAGUCGCUACAAAGGACGUCGUCACAAGCGAUCUAGCAGCCGUUCCGCGACUCAGGCAGUUCGUUUCAGAUGCUGGUCCUCCAGCUUGCUGGUGCCACAGAAGAUUCGGAGAGCAGGCUAAUAGUGAACCAGCUCCUGCAUCUAACCAAUGCAAACGGUUGUCGGCCGUAGUCGCCACCGACUGCACAAGUACGUCCCGGCGCAUGUUCAUUACAGACAGGGUGUCAAACCUGAAAUAUUAAAUAGAUUCAGGGUCCGAUCUUUGUAUCAUACCCAUAGCGACAUUGCGCCGUUGCAGACCGUCCACUGCGUUUAGCUUGUCAGCUGCAAAUAAUUCAGCAAGUGAGAAGCACGGCAUGUGGCUUGUGGAGUUGUAUUUGGGACUCCGCCGCCAAUUAAUGUUGGAUUUUACUGUAGCAGACGUGGCCGAAGUAAUCAUAGGUGCUGAUUUUUUUAGCUCACUUCCAGCUCUUGCUGGACGUAGUAAAUGCCACCAAGUGGACAAUAUUACCUGACUGAGGGCCACUGGGUAUCACCGUGAUGCCAAAACGUAAGACAAAGUUCAUAAAGGUUGCGGACGAGGAGUACAGCUGUGUGAGUUCCUAGUCUUAACGAGGCAUCCAGGCGUGCCACAGCAAAUUCUGCAUGUUACGGACCACCGCAAAAAACUACGUACGGAACGCCUGUGUCUCGCUGGUCUAGAAGACUGUCUCCAGGACGCCUCGUCAUUGCUGGAAGUCGACGCGAUAAUAUGGGAAGACAUCACCCUACCUUCCAGCAGCCCGUAGGCGUCUGCGCUGCAUUGAGUACUCAAAAUGAUGAAGCCUAGUAUCUAUAUGCCUAAUCACUGUCCGAUGCCACGGUUAAGAGAUUAUUACCACGCUCUGAACGUAGUCACUAUAUUCUGUGUUAAUAUACUGCACGAAGACCUAUACCCAGGUUCUCCUGCAACAGAGGACAUUCCGAAGACCGCUAUUAUUACGAGAGCAAGUUCAUGACCUUUGGCCUAUGUAAUGCUGCACAAAACUGGUGGUAGUUCUUCAGUUCUGUCUUGGUGGGCUUACCUUUUUGUUUUGCCUAUUUGGACGACGUGUUAGUGUAUUCAUCGUGCGAGGAUCAACAUCACCAGCACCUGGGAGAAGGUCUUGAGCAUUUUGAAAAGUACGACGUGGUGUUACACACAGUGGAAUGUGUGUUUGGACGAUCAGAACUUGAAUUCCUGAGUCAUCGAAUAUUUUCAGCAGGCCUAUUACCACUCACUGAGAAAGUUGAAGCCAUAUUGCAGCUGCUUAAUCCGUCUACAGUGAAAGAGCUCCGUAGAUACACAGCAAUGCUCAUUUUUACCGCUGGCAUUUACCACGCACUUCAGAACUGGCACCAUUGAAUACAGCACUGGCUGAUCCCAAGGAUAGGAACAGUUUUAGUGUACAGUAAACUGAGGAGAUAAGUUCGGCUUUUGAAGAGCCUAAAAACACCGUAGUACAAGCAGCACUGCUGGCACACCCUAAGCUCGAAACUAAAAUGCGUUAGUGGUGGACGCCAGUCAAUUAGCCAUUGCUGCAAGCCUCCAGCAAUGGGUGGACAAAACGUAGCAGAAACUGGCUUACUUCUCGCGCAAGCUGUCACCUUGCCAGCAAAUGUGGAGAACAUACUUUUAGCCAUAUCUCAAGCAAGCCAGUAUUUUCGACAGAAGGGUGAAGCUGAAGUGUUUGUGA